GAGUAGGCGGGGACGGUUCUCCGAGUGACUCGGGAAAAGAGAGAGAGAGGGGAACACGGACAAGGAGCGCUUCCUGGUCUCCAGUUUGACCGACACCUGCCUUUGUUUAUCAGACAAAAAAGCCGAAGGAUAUUAUAAGGAGUGUGGCCGGCCGGAGACAGACAGUCAAGGAGCACGGCAAAGCGAGGCGUGGAGCGCCGAGCUGGAUGUGCAGGUCAUCCAUCAAUAGUUAUGAACUCCAAGUUGCGUGUGUUGGGUGAAAGAAUAAGCACCAUACGAGUAUCAGAACUGCCAAAGGACAAAAACAGGUCAGAGGUCAUCUGUAAUGUGCACUUCCUGGAUGGCACAGUACAGAGUUUCAAAGUCAAUAAACAAGAUGCCGGUCAAGUUUUGCUGGAUUUGGCCUAUAACCAUUUGGGCUUGAUAGAAAAGGAAUAUUUCAGUUUGCAACACAAGGAGGAUUCACUUGAGUCAGCUAGGUGGCUGGAACCGAACAAACCUGUGAGGAAGCAGUUGAAAGGUAGCUUCCCAUAUUCAUUGCAUUUCCGGGUACGUUAUUUCAUUCCUGAUCCCAAUACUCUGCACCAUGACCAAAGUCGGCACUUGUAUUUUUUACAGCUCAAGAAUGACAUUUUAGAAGGAAGGUUAAAGUGUCCCUCUAGUUCAGCUGUUGUGCUUGCCUCCUAUGCUGUACAGGCUGAGCUUGGAGACUACAACCCUGCUAUUCACUGCCCUGGUUAUUUGUCUGAGUUCCAUUUCCUGCCUGACCAGGACAAUGAGUUUUUAACCAAAGUAGAAUCGCUACAUGACCAACACAGAGGCCUUAAACCAUCUGAAGCAGAGCUUUGCUAUCUAAAUAUCGCUAGAACUCUGGAGUUCUAUGGGGUGGAAAUGCACGCUUCAAGAGAUCCAAACAACAUGGAGCUGAUCAUUGGAAUUGCAUCUGGAGGGCUUGCUGUCUUUCGGAAUAUGAUUUGCACAAGCUUUUAUUCUUGGGUCAACAUAAUAAAGAUUUCCUUUAAAAGAAAAAGAUUCUUUAUACAGCUAAGGCAGAAGCAUGGAGAGUCCAGGCAUCAUAUUGUGGUCUUCAGUCUCCUAAACUAUAGGGCGUGCAAAAAUCUCUGGAAAUCCUGCGUGGAGCAUCACACCUUCUUUCAGUCAAAGAAGGCACUAGAUCAGGACAAAAAGCUACAGGCGAACUACUGGACGUUGGGCUGUAAGAACACAGGCAGAUCUAUCAAUACUCAGUUUUGCCGGAAAGUCAUCGGUGGAAUGGUGUGGAAUCCAGUCCUGAGAAAAUCUUUAUCACUGGAGCAUUUGGAGACGAAAAGCCUCCCAUCACGUUCUCCUCCAAUGACCCCAAACUGGAGGAGCCCUCGAUUACGUCAUGAAAUUCGAAAACCCCGGCACUCAUCUGUGGACAACCUAACCAGUGAGAUUGCAUAUAUUCCUGAGACAGAAGAUGUAUUCUACACCUCAAACUCCAAGGACAGUGAUACGGAGUCAUCUCAGAAUCACAGCCCUUGCAAAACAACUAUGGUGGAGAGCAGUGACACGCAAAAAAAUUCACAGCAAUCCCCACAGAAUCUUCCAUUAUCCCAAUCACCUAAGGAAGAUGCUGCAAAUGUCAAGAUCAUCCACAGACUCUCAGGGUCUCAUCCACUUGAUGGAGUAGAUAAGCAGUUCCUGGACAGCUAUGAUAAUGUUUCAAAAGGCAACAACACAGAUGGUGAUGGCCAGUAUUAUUGUGACAAGAGUGAGUUGAUGGAUGGCAGUCUGUUACUAAUUCGGAUUGCACCAGAUGAAGAGGGGAAAUUUGGCUUUAAUGUCAAGGGUGGAGUGGACCAGAAGAUGCCUCUUGUAAUAUCUAGAGUUAGCCCAGAUUCUCCAGCAAGCAAGUGUACACCUAAACUUCUGGAAGGUGAUCAGAUUGUGCUGAUCAACGGAAGAGAUAUAUCCGAGCACACACAUGAUCAGGUGGUCAUGUUCAUCAAAGCAAGUCGGGAAUUGCACAGCAAAGAGCUUGCUCUUUUAAUCCGUCGGAAAGUUGUAAAACCAUUCAUUCAGCCAGUGCAAGAUGAUGAGAUGGAUUACAAUUUUAUGGGAUUGCCAACCUUGCCUACAUUUCCUCAGUAUGGUGAGACUCUGGAGGAAUCCAUGGCACAGAUGAAGAGUGGUCUUGAAAGCGGCACUUUGCUCAUCCAGUUUGAGCAAUUGUAUAGAAAAAAGCCAGGAAUGUCAUUUAUGUGUGCACGGCUACCACAAAACAUGGACAAAAACAGAUAUAAAGAUGUCUUACCAUAUGACACUACCAGAGUGGUCUUACUAGGAGAAGAGGACGAUUACAUAAAUGCAAAUUAUGUUAAUAUGGAAAUUCCCUCUGGUAACAUUGUUAACAAGUACAUAGCAAGUCAAGGUCCUCUUCCACACACCUGUGUGCACUUUUGGAGUGCUGUGUGGGAGCAACACUCAUCUGUGAUUGUCAUGCUAACCACCCUGACAGAGCGGAGCCGGGCAAAAUGUCAUCAGUACUGGCCGGAUCCUCCUGAUGUGAAGGAGUAUGGCAAGUUCCAGGUGUGCUGCCACUCUGAGGAAUGUAACAUAGCCUAUGUGUUACGGGCACUGACUGUCUCAAAUAAGGAGACUGGAGAGGAGAGGUCAGUUACACAUCUCCAAUAUGUGGCCUGGCCAGACCAUGGGGUUCCAGACGACCCUUCAGAUUUCCUGGAAUUUGUCAACUUUGUGAGGCAGAAGAGAGUAGAGGAUGAGCCCCUCCUUGUCCACUGCAGCGCUGGAAUUGGGCGGACUGGUGUUUUGGUCACUAUGGAAACAGCGAUGUGCUUGAUUGAAAGGAGCCAGCCUGUUUACCCUUUGGACAUUGUGCGCACAAUGCGAGACCAGAGGGCGAUGAUGGUUCAGACAUCGAGUCAAUAUCGUUUUGUGUGUGAAGCCAUCCUACGUGUCUAUGAGGAAGGACUGACGAAGGCCCUGGACUCAAGUUAGUGGGAAAUCAAACACUAGGAGAGUUCAUAACUCUGCUACCCUGAAUUCUGAGUGCACACUGGGAUGUCAGUACAGUCAUCUUGUGUCUGAAAGUCGGCAACAAGAGGAUAGACACAGUGUUGGCAUCGGAGCACAUGGGACCUGCGGCACUUUACCUAUGUUGGGAGAAAAUGACUACUACACUAAGGACAUGUGUUAGAGCACUAAUUCUUCAAAAUCCUGGAAUUUUUUUCAUUUUGGUAAAAACAAAAAAUACAAAAAAGUUGGUUUAUUUUUCUAAAGACAAAAAGAAAAUGAAAAAAAUAUACACUAGCGCCUCGCCUCCUCUGGCUUGUGCUGUCUACGCUUUCUUCUGUCAGUGAGACAGACAGACAAGUAUUGGGGAGGAAAGUUAUUUUUUUUUAAAGUGGGUGCAACAGUUAAUGUUUAUGGUUAUUUGCCCCAGUGAAGAGAAUUAAUGCCAAUUUCUAAUAAUAGCAGAUAUUUUAUUUAAUUAUUCUUUAUAACUGAAUCAAUACAUAUAUUGUAUUAUAAUUUUUCUAAACAGCUAUAUGUACUUAUUUUUCUUUCUCAGCUUCAGGGCUCGCAAUGCUGCUAUAGAUUAUAUAACGUGACAGGUACUGUAUAGCCCCCCAGCUGUGCCUGCUGGUAUACAGACGUACAGCGGUAGUCGACUUGCUGUUUGCUGCUUAAACCCUUGGCCAAAGGAAAUGCGUAGAAAGCGGAGCCCUGAAUGUAAAAGAAUGCAGAUUUCCGUUCCAACUCAAGAUAUUUUCACACCUUUUAUGAACCGUUUAUAUUUCAAAUGUCGGUAUCUUUGUAUUGUGUAUUUUCCGUGAACAAAGGAACAAUGACAUGUAAAGCCUUAGCUGGCAUAAAAAAGAAACCCGUUUCAUGUAGACAUCUUCAGUUUUUAUUUUAAAUCCACAGUUCCUUUAGGAAAUUGAAUCAAACUGGGCAAGACACACGAGUAAAUGUGUGAGGUCACCUUGUUUUGUGACUUUUUGCGGACGUGCAAAGCCGCAGAGAGGACCACCAGUUUCAGCUGAUUCACUCUGUCAGACAGGGGGCCGAGUCUUCUUUGCUUUGGAGCAUCAGGACCAUUAGCUUGUCGUUUCAAGUCCAGCUAUUUGCUCAAUCACACGUUAGUCCCUGCCUGUAAUUUGUCUCGUAAAUACUGCUAACUUCCCGUCAUAUUCGAGAAAUAUGUAGCAGGAUUUUUUAUAUCUUCAUCAGAGGAAUGGAGUAAGGAGCUUCAUACGUGAAAGUGAAUGUUUGUUUCCUGAAUGUUCUUUCAUAAUAAAUAGGGUGUUGACAAACCAAUGUACCAUUACCAAAUCAGGAGAAGGCACAGAGUUGCUUUUGAUGUUACACAGAUUUUCAUUUUUAUAUAUCACCUUCCAAAUUUCAGGGAUGCUCAGAAUGAGAAAAUUGAGAUUAAACCCAUAUAUCUCAGUUGACUGUUUUAAAUAGUACUCAUUUUAACAGGAUAAAACAUGUCCCAAAAUUGUUUAGGUGAUGGGUUUAGGCUGUGCUGCCCGUCAGUGUUUAAGAAAGUGGCGUCAGUUCUGUGUGUCAGCUGUGCAUUGCUGAGCUUGUCGGUUCAUCGUUCACUACACCAGCUGUAGACGUCUACUUUACUGCUAACCAGAUUUGGAAAUUCAGUCACAGUGUAACAGUGCCAUAUGUAACAAUAACCUGCUCUGCCAGUAAUGUCAAAGGGCAGAGACAAAUCAGUCCACUAAUCAAACUUAGCAGGAGUCGUUAACAAAGGGCAACAAAAUUCAGAGAUCACAAAAUCCAAAAGUAAACUGGAAACAAUUUGAAUGAACAUGCUAAAGUUAGUAUAAAGGCUUUAAAUCAACACCGUUCUAGAACUACAAAUGGUUUUGUUGUUUUAUAUCCAUAAUCUUGGACAACCAAGGAAGUGUGCAGUGCUGAUCUUGAAACUAUCGUUACAUCGAUGUCCUGUAUCACGACUUACUGGCUGUCACCUGCUAGCAACCACACCCCAAACUAACAAGAUGGUGGUGACUUUGAGAAACAAAUUUGGUGUUGCAUCAUGGUGUAAAAUAUUACCAAGAACGGCAAAAUGGUCUAAAAAUGAAAAAUAAUGACGACAAAAAAUUAUUCUUCAGAUUUCAGAAACCCUAAUGGGAGAAAAAAAAUCAUGAAAAUGCACAAAGUAGAAUCGGGGGUGAAAAAAAUGAAAAACAGCCUAAAAUCGUGACGUGAUCCUCUUCAUUUAAUUGUGCAAAAGAAGUGCAUGUCAGUAACACCGGGCCAGUCCUCAUGUGUCCUCGCGGUAUUCGGUCAUCACUCACUGCUCUGCAAAUAUACGUCACAUCCUUUAACUGCCAUGCUGACAGGAAAGGUGGGUGACUUUGAGGGAAACAGUUUUUAUAUGAAUACACGCAAACUUUUAUAUUGUCACAGCCUUGUUAAAAUAACCUUAAAUUAUUCAUCAUAGCCAUGAGGGUCACUUCCAAGUCAAGCAAGGAGAGACUUAAGUGAAUAAUGAAAUGGAGUAAAACCAGUAAAGAGCUACAUUUGUACACCACAUCUUGUGACGUUUCAUCCAAGUGCCAUGUGUUCAGAUGCAAGACAAGAACUGGCCUCAGAUUAAGAGAUGAAGGUCUACAGCCACUCUGGUCCUUGAUGACUGAUUGCAUUUGGAAUUAAGCAGUCACUUUUAUUUUGUAUAAAAUAUUUUAUUCAUGUUAUUUUAGAUGCAUUUCUAAAUUACAUAUUCAUGCAAAUUUAGUACAAAGAGGUUGUGGAACUUGCUUUAAGGCUCUUGGAUAGCCAGCAGCGGGAUGUGACCUUUCAGUAGACGCUGCGGAAACUGCAAUGCAGUUUAACAUUUUAUUUGUUGUCAGUAAGUUUUCCACUAAACUCUACCCAAAAGAGCAAAAUCACAAGUGAUGAUCCUAAUUCAUAAAAUUUACCUUGUAACAAAAAAAUGGCUCAUUAAAAAAAAUGAAGAAAUUAAAGGACUUUUCCAACAGUAGUUUAAAAAGCAACACCAAAAAUACAACAUUUAAGUCACCAGAGGUCUUUGCUGGAUGGGACUGAAACAACAUGUUGAUCAAUUUUCAGUUUUUACCCAAAGUGGUCAUACUGCUGGCUGUGAUACACAACUCUUUCCAAAAGCAGAUGUCCCUUUUUUUUUGGUUUGUAUUACACAGUGACCUCCUUCUUGGUCUCCAGUCCAGCUGUACAUUUUAACUUUGAGUUUUUCUGUGUACUCCAAGUUAUGAAAAGCUGUUGUGUUUGGGCUGAGGGCUGUUUGCAAAACUCCCACCAACCACCGACCUCAUACUUGAAAAAGCGUAAGCCAAAGCUGCCAAGCGGUAGCCACAGAUAGUUUUACUAACCUUAAAGAACUUUUUUUGUUAGGCUAUUCUUUCAUUUGUUCAAAUGGACGUGGACAUCACUUUUUAUGCUUUUCCAGAGAGGUGGGGAUUAUUCCUGAACUUCAUGUUGUUUUGCAUGGCACCUGCUUCUCUUCAUAGUGGGUACGCUUAACCGCUGCCACCCACUGUCUGAUGGUCCUCACUUACCAAUUUCAGCAGGAAACUAAAGCCACACAAACAAGAAAAAAAGCAAAGAAAAAAAUGUGUUCAGAAUAACUAAGCAUCAGAAGGAGUGCACUACUUGUUAUAUCCUGCCAUUUCUUUACUGAUGAAACUGCAUGCAUAAGCAGCUUUUUUGGGUUUUUUUUAUAAACGUGAUUAAGAUUCCCAUCCAUCCUUCCAUCUAUCUGUCCAUCCAAUUCUACUUCAUGUAACACAUUUCAGAAAAACAACCAAUUCAAGGUGACUUGCAAACUAUUGAGAGCAUCAGAAGAGCCUGGAGAAAUUUAAAUCACACUACAAUACAACAAAUUGACUGUAUUAAACGUUAAAAUGUCAGUUACUAAUUAAUAAUUUAAAGCAAACAGUAAAGCCGCUUUUAAGUUGCAUCCUGAUAUCGAGGCAGGCGUCACUGACAAAUGCUGUGCACAGGAGGAAAUGAAAGGAUGUUACGUGGUGUAUGUGUCAAGUGCUGAAGCAGAUGCUGGUAUUAAUCUACAAAUAAUAUCCUAAAGAUGUAUGCAUACCUGUUCGUGAUCAUCUCCUCAAAUCUGCAGGGUGUUUUUUAAAGCUCUGAAAUACUUCAUGAUGAGGGCUUUGUGUCUUGAGACAUAAUCUCUUCUAGUUCAAAUAGCAUUUCUGAGGGGGCUGGAAAAACAUUUGUAAAUAAAUUAGGUUACCUUGGAAAACCUGAGCCAUCUAGCAAGAGCGUUUGUGUGGUCAUAUGGCGGAUACACCAUGCUGCUCUUACACGUAGCAAGCAGCCAGGGCAUCUCCCAAAAGGAAGCUAAUGUGUGAUUCCAAACAGGGUUGUUCCAUAUUGUCACGAGGUCGGUUUGUUCACCCCAAAUUGACACAGCAUUUUACUCAGGGAGUGCAUUAGUGCUGGGAUUGAUGACAGAGCUCCAGAGACCAAAGGUGGACUUUGACUGACGGAGGUCAAGAAGAAUAAUUUAGGAGCGAGUUCAUUAUAACGUCAAGUAGAAAUACACCCAAAGAAAGUUGUAGCAGUGGGAUUUGUCCUUAUGUGUGUCUGUUCCAUUUACUCGUCCUCUCUUCACUAAAAUGGUUGGUUUUACCAACUCAAGACCACUGUGUGAUCCCUGCAGGAUUCCAGAUGUGGGUCUUUGCUCCAGCUAGAAUAGCGACUGCAUUAAAAGGCAUUUAUUGGGUAUUUAUUUGUGGACGUUUAGUGCUUAGAAUAUCCUGUAUUAGCAGUCACAUGUGUGCUAAGAGGUACCAGUAACAUUUACACGCCAUGUGAUCAAAAUUAAAAUAUGCACGUGUUGUAUGUUGAUCAUGUAUAAUACAUGGUGUACGAAAAAGUAGCCUUCAGUCAUGGAGCACAUGUUGGCAUGACGUUCAUGACACACCUGUCGAUGAUCACCUCAUCGACUUCUUACUGUACGAUCUGCCAUGGUGCCAACAGCUUUAGGGAUGUGACAGAAAGGUUUUUUAAUUUUGAUGUGUUGCCCACAGGAGCAGUCGAUGCCACUUUCUUCACCAAGUGCUGAAUGGUUUGUUUCACAGGAGCACUUUUAGCGGGAUAUUGUUCAUCAUAAGUCAGCUUUAACAUGCCUGUGUGAACUUCGAGGGGACCACAAUGGCAGUACACUACUCCGGUGAACUCCUGUCUUCCCACCAGCACUCACAGAGAGAGAUGAUAGGCCUGGAGACCCCCACUUGGCUUCUAGAGCCUAGGUAGGGAGGGCUCUUUGCCGUAAGCAGGGCUGCUUUUCCAUGCAUUACUCUGCAGAAUGAUGAUUUUUAUUUUUCCAUAGAAAGACUUGGAAGUACUUGCCAAUUUAUAUCCUAAAUAGCCACAAAUAAAUACAAAAUAAAUGCUUAGAAUAUACAAAUUUGUGCUUUAAAAUGGAUUCUUGUAACUCCUGAAAGUCUAUGUUUUUGAUACUCUUGUCAUUUUUCAGUGCCAACAGCUUAGGCCACCAUGGCAGGUUUUUAUUUGCUCUUUCCUGUCUGAUCUGAAUUCUCGGCCCUGAACCUGAUGUUUCUCUUGCCGGGAGUUCCAGGCGAGUCGCUAGCUGGUAUUCUUAUGUCCAGUCAGCACUGCUUGAGUGGAGUCCCAGAGUUCAGGUUGUGUAUUUAGCUUUCAAAAACCACUGGUGUAUGAAUUUUGUAAAGAUUUAUCUAAAAUUUAUAAUCACACUGGGUAAGUAGCUUUUUCAAGAUUUUGCUUUACUGAAAUGAAUGGCAGAUUUUUUAUGGACAGUUCUUCACAUGUAAAUGUAUGUUAAUAUUAAAAAUAUAAAUUAUUGUUUA